GUACCAGUUGUGCGGUGGACACUCAAGGUCACUUCAGCGUCACCCAAUGGUCGUCCACGAAGUAUAGUCUCAACAAUCUUCUCUAUAGAAGGGCGACGAAAAGUAAAUGAACUGGAAGAAGAACAAAUCCUGAUCAAACUGGACUUGAAAAAUGACGUAUGAGACUAUUUUGUAAAGAACCUCUCCCUUUACUUACGGGACCGCGUUAUUCGAUUUUUGGAGAAUGUAUGCAUGUUUAAAAACAUUGCAUGCAGUUUUGCUUGCACGUUGUGUUCUUCCUCCGCUCAGAUUCAGUGGUCCUGAUUUGUAUGCUAUUGUUUUGGAUCUCUUAUUCUUCCAAAUAAACACCGGUAUCAUGUGUUACAGCUUUGCCUCAACGUGUCUACAAAUUAACCCUUUAGUUACACAUCUUCCCAGAAUUGUCUACUUCCUGGGAAAAAGGUGGACAUUUCAUAUAAUUCUCUGGUUAAAAUCGACCCUUCUUCCCCAGCGUUUUCCAAAAUAUUUUCUGGAAUGACUCGUUUUCGAAGUUAGGUGAACAUUGAUGCAACAACAUUGUUUCAUCCAUAUCCAGGAAUUACUUUUCAUUCUUCAAAAUGUGAAGAAGUUCAUCUGAGACAUGUCUCAAACCUCACAUACAAUUUAGGGGAUUACCCCUUAGAUGUGCUCCAGGUUGAGAAGCUUGGAGUCUUGAUAUUUUGUUAUAUGAUUGUUGAGCUAUGACGAAAGUGCUUUUAGAACUUGUAUUUAGUUUCUAUCAGUUUUGCCCACUGUUAUUUAGAGUACGUAAUUUCAGUAUUUCCUCACUCCGAAGGAAUAAGAGUACCCUAAAACUUAUUUAUUUGAACACAUAUUGGUACCAAGGGUCGCCGAAUACAUAUGCGCUACACAAGUCACUUGGUUUUGCGGUAUCCUAAACAAACUUGAAUACCCUCUUGAUUAUCUGAGGUUAAUUUCCAACAAAAACCUUAGAGGCAAUACCCUGGAAUUAAAAGUACAACAUAUGAAACGGCUGUAGGCACACCCACUUUUUGUGAGUAAUCGAGUCCUGGAAUUAGCUUCCAGCUGAGAUGGUCUCAACAACUUCCCAAGAGUCCUUUAAGAAAAAAGUUGAUGUAUACCUAUAGACUCAGAACAACAUUUCAUUAUAACUUACUAAUGUAUCUGUCUUGUUUGUUUAAUAUACUUAGUUGAUUCCUGAAGGUAUUGGUGAUACACUGCUACUAGAUACUGAAGCCUGUUAAGUAAAAUCUAACCUUUCCACAACCAUCUGGAUUCAAUGAUCAAGUGUACUAUCUAAAUAUCCAUUUAAUAAUAGUAACCCUACUGCGUUAAUAGCCCGUUUCAUCAGUAUGAUAGCUCAUCAAUAUCUUCCUCUGCGUCUUCGUCUACUAUAAGGUUCAUUUUUAAAAUUUAUCCAUCUAUUGCCCCUGUAACCUGUCGCGGUAGCUUACUAUUAUAGUCUCAACUCUUCAUGGCUCAUCGGUCUUGGUUGUAAGGUGUUGUUACACAAUCCAAAACUUAAAGCGACCCUUCAAAAAUGAGCGAUCCGGUCAUGGUGUUUAAAAAUAUCGGUUCCUAAUGUUAUUCUAAGUGAUUCUACACUUUAAAUCCUUUUCCGCGAAACUAUUGCUCGAUGUUGUUAACUUAGGGUACCGUAUUCUUCUGCAAACAACCAUAUCUAGUGGUGACUUACUAUUAAUCAAUCAGCGUCUAUCAAUAGUUUUUGUGUGUACAAACUAGAUAGUAUAUAAAUUAGCUUAAACUGUACUGGAAGCGAGUUGGUGGGUAGAUAACUGAAGUUGCAUCAACUCAUUACCACAUUUCCCACGUACUUGAGGUGCUUAAGGUACUAUCUGAAGGUCUUUUUAUCUGUAUAGUCUCUAUCCUUAAAAAGAAAUUACUCGUGGUAGCUUUUUUUAUAAAGCGAGACCUGUUUUUACUUUAUUCUGCAAGUAUUUGUUCUAAUUUUUAUUAGUUUUUAUCAUCUAAAUCCUGAUAACCCACAUUAGUUUUGCUUUCCAGAUUCUACUUAGUUAGAAACUAUCUAAUGCAAUCAAGCUGAUUUACAUACUGUUACUUCUCAGGAAUAUUCUAAUGCAUAAUGCCUUUUGCAUCAUUCAAGAAUGUCCAAAAACGACUCUCCAAAAUUCAUAAAGAACGUUCUCAACCUCAACGUAGACACCAUCUUGGAAUACUACCGAAAAAACAGGAUUUCCGUUUAAGAGCCAAGGAUAAGGAAUCAAAAAGUGCUAAAAUAAAAGAGUUAAGAAGUAAAGCUUUAGAUAAAAACACAGAUGAAUUUUACUUCAAUAUGUGUAAUUCUCGUUUUGAUAUGGAAAAAGGGCAUAUUCCGUUAGAUGUAGAAAAAAGUUAUUUAGACUCUGAUAUUAAGUCAUCAUUUUAUAAAAACGUUACGCACCUACAAUAUGAAUUACAAAAAGAAAAGUCUAAGAUACAUCAACUUGAGUCGAAGACUCAUUUACUGCAAAGUGAAUCACAAAAUCCCUGUUCAAGGAAGACUCCCAAACAUAUUGUAUUUGCGGAAACCUAUGGUGAAAUGGUUGAACUACACCACAAAUACGCGGAGAAAGUACAAGUGGAUGAAACUAUUUUUGACAAUGUGUCUUCCAGUGACCCCUCUUCUGAAGACAUUUAUUCUCAACGUUUUAAUGCUUACAAGGAAUUAUCUGAACAUCUAGAAAGAGCCAAACAGUUGAAAUAUCUUUUACGUCAGCACGAAGCUAAGAAAAGUCUUAUGGUAUGUUCCUAUUCAAGACAUAUUUAUUAGUUGAUAUUUGAACCAGUACUUAUUGUAUUCCUUAGUUCCUACUGUAUAAAUGACCUCAGUUGUUUGACAUCCGUAGGUUAAUUGGGUGAUGUUUGAAAUUAUGUGGUAACUGUUAGACUAAAAAUUUAAUAUUAGUUAAAAUUAUUUAAGACUAAACAAAUAAAUUUCUAUCUUCGAAUUAAUUUUAAAGUAAACUAAUGCACAGAUCUUUGUAGUGGGGCCAGCACGCGUGCAUAUAGUUUAGCUUGGAUUCAACUUUGUAUAAUAUAUGGAGGACUAAUAAGAUGCAUAUAGAUAACACAUUCGUCAUCACUAAAAAAAGUCAGCUGGUAAUUACUUACGAUUUGGCCAACAACGCCUAUAGUGACGUAAGAUUUAAACUAGAAACAAAUUUAGACAAUAAAUUACCAUUCUUAAGUCUGUCGAUCACCAAAAUCAGUGCUAACAAACUCGAGUAAAUUGUAAACGAACUCACAUUAAUCAAAUUGUGGAUUACGUCAGCAAAAACUUAAGGACUUAUAAAUUAAUCUGUGUACAAACUGUUCAAAAGGCAAAAAUGUACUGAAACACUUUGCAGAAAGAUGAUAUGAAAUACCCAAUCGAUGCAUGUCAGAAGCAUAGCCACCUACACGAUUUAAUCAAGAAAUCCAUAUCAAUCCCAUCGCCGCGUAAAACAAUCAGCAAACGUAUAGUCCUUCCGCACAUGAGAACGCCUAUGUUAAAAUAGGCAAAUUACUAAGCUCGCAAAAUCCCGAUGUUCAAUAUUAAGCAAGCCAAAGAACACAAUGGCAAAAAAUAAACGAAACACUCUUCCAUGGUCUGCGAGGAUACUAUGGGACAAACUGGCCUUCCUGUUCACCUGCCUGUACGUGAAUGCCAACAAGCUGUCAAAUGUUACGACAUAUCUUCGCUGAUACCAAUGGAUGUGAGUAAUUAUGAACACGAAGCUGAUCGGGAAAGCGAAAAUAUAGAUAAGUGAAACAAUCCCAUGAUUCUCAGGUUAUUCAUCAAUUAAUGGAUAUAUCGACAUUGCCCGAACGUUAUUGCUACCUUGACGUGGUGUUCGGGCUUGCCUAUCGUGAUAAACCAAUCGAGCUAUACUGGCUGAAACAAUCUUUCCUCAAGGUCCUACCAUGCCAGACAGGUUGGUUGAAGAGCGGUAAGAAUAAAAACAGCAAACUGAAGGUGCGUUCCGUUCUACUGUACGGCCGCAAAACAUGGCCAUUUAGAGUAAAAGAUAAUCGUAAUCUAUUAGUAUUUGACCACAGAUGCCUUAGAAAUAUUGCUCGCAUCUGCUGGGAUCACUGGGUAAGUAAUAGUGAGGUUAGACGCAAGGUAUUAGGAAGUGAUGGUAAAUCAGUUGAUGAGGUUGUGGAUCUUCAUCGACUGAGAUGGUUGCGCCACGUAUCAUACAUGCCCGACCACCGACUACCACAACGCACAAUGCUGACUAGUGUUGUGAACAGUUGGAAGAAAGUUAGGGGCGGCCAAAAGUCACUAACUUCUCGUCUUAGCCGUGUCGUUAGAUGCAGAAUGCUUGGUAGGGGUCCGCGUGACUAUCGUAACCAAUGGUUGGAGACUCUUGCUGACAUGGCUCAGAAUCGAUCACAAUGGCGUCGGUGUAAACACUUUUUGUCUUCUUUUAAAUUAUGAGAUUAGAAUCACUUCAUUUCUUUCUUCCUGUAUUAUAUCCUUAUUGCAAUCUUUCUUUUAUAUAUUACUACCAUUGAAGUAACUUUCUAUGAAGUUUGUGUUCAUCUUGUGCUAAUGAGGCAUGGGGUCUUGGACCGAUGCACAUAUGUGCCUGGUCUUGCGUUGUAGUUGACUGACUGACUGAUAUCGAAAUUGGCUCAAUCUGUCAGGAAAAAUAACUGCAACGUUGGAAAUCAGACUGACAACCAAAAUAAAUCUCCAAGCAAAGACAGCAACUGAUGGAAUUUCACGUCAACAAAACAGGCUUUUAUUCAAGUGUGGAUAAAUCCCAGUGCCUCACUUGUUUCGAACUAUGUACUCAGGAUGUUGUGCAGCUCAGAGAACAUAACACCGAAAUGACAUAGUUGUACCUGUAGAACUACUAAAUCUUGAGCCCCCCAUACUGUCAGACAAUGAUGCUGUUUCUCCUUAAUCUGUUCAUUCUGAUUCCUCCAUUUCCAUUAUUUUUAGCUACAUUUCCAGUGUUUGGUUUGCUAUCACGAUUUAUAUAAAAAUCAAUUGUUGAGUCAAUUGAGGCUAGACGUGGGAGCACUGAUAAUAAUCAACAUAUGCUCACCAGUGACUGGCUUCAAGAUGUGUAUCCUGGAGUUUUAGUGAGAAGCAGUGACCAGAGGAGUUCAACCGGGUCAGUUGUGAGACAGUAACUCACUGACAAUGGUGGAUGUGUCGCUCAGUUUCGUAGAUUAGUUGAAGUUAGACAUUAACAUCAUUGGAUGCCGGCUCAGUGGUCCAGUGGUUAAGUGCUGGAGCGCGAGACCAGUAGGUCAUGGCUUCGAGUCCCGCGAGGCGGGAUCGUGGAUGCGCACUGCUGACAAGUCCAACAGUAGGACGAAAUGGCUGUCCAGUGCUUCCAGGUUUUCCAUGGUAGUCUUGCUUCAAUUGACUCAUGAUCUCAACAAUUGAAAUUACUAAAAUCUCCACAAAACCCCCUUAUAUAAAUAUCUAGACAUUUUCGCCUGUUUUCUUUAAUUCCGUUUGAAGCCCUUAAGGAAUAACACCGGUCUUAACGUCGAAUAAAGUGGGUUGGGUGUAGUGUUGAAUACAUCGUAACAAUGAAUCUUAUCAAAAAAGAGUGAUCAAUUCAACCGCUGAAACUUUACCCUGGUAGUUGAGGUGUCUUUAUACAGAAGUUAUGGUGGAAGGCACAAUUUUUCGAAAGGCAAAUGUCCCUUCUAACAACCAGAAUAUGGAAUGACUGGAUAAUAUGGAAACUCGAAAAAGUCAAUUCAGUAGUGGUGAAAAUGCGAAUAUACAGCCUGAUCGUGUUUGGAACAAGUGAAACAAACUAGAAACAACGUAGACAAAAGGACUAACUUCUGGAUGAUAUUGUUGCAUUGUGCUCAUGGCGAAGAAAAUGACUAAAACAAACACGAUGUUAUUUAAAGGAGAACGAAGCGCGCUUAUUUAUUUGAAAACUCAGCUCCAGGACUAUCAAAGCAUCCUUCAAAACAAAGAAAACAAGGAUAACAAUAAGUGUGAUGCAGUGUUGUGCACCUACUGAUAAUGAAAUCCAAGGCGAGAAAGAUUAGCUAUGUGAUCAUGCAGGCCAUCCUAGAGAGGGCAGCAAAGCGACCAGACAACUCAAUAAUGACAAAGCAACAUACCGAGUGAAGCACUGAAUCUAAUCAGAGGUGGUUACAAACAUGCUCUACGUUCGCUUUGAAAAGAUUUGGGAGGGACAAUUAAUACUAACAAACUGGAGGCAGGGAUAGCUCAUGAAAAUACUGAAGAAAAGGAGUUUUAGUAAGUGUGAGGACUACAGGUUGAACUUUGUCGUUUAUAAACCGAAUGGAGACUCUGCGAAUAACUGUCGAACAACCAAUUAAACGGAAAUCAUCGCUAUACAUCAACUGGUUAUGAGAAGACGUUCGACAGCGUGCAUAGGUGAACUGUUUGGAAUAAUCUCAUCUUGCAAAUUUAACCAAAAGAGCGUACAAAACCGUAUUCAAAGGAAGUAAGACGGCGCCUCCAGUUUAUGAAUUUGAACCUGUCCGGGAUCGAUGAACAUUUGAAUUUUGUUUAUAGUCAUCUAAUUUGUACAUUUCAUUGUCUCUGAUGUAUGUCCAGGAACAUCUAAAGAGUUUCACCAUAUGACUUAGUGUUUUCUACUUAAUCAGCAGUAGUCUGCUCACCUGGUAUCUUGUUCGUGUUUAGUCCUGUCACAAACUGUUGUAACGAAGGGAAUUCUACACGAUGCAUAUAUGUGCCUGGUCCUCCAUUGUAGCUGACUGACUACACGAAUGGUGUAAGUUUUAUGGUCGUUUUGAAUGAACCGUGGUCAAAGUUUAGCUACUCACAACAACUGAUUUACCCAUACGAUGCCUUAAUGGAAUUUUCAGAUCUUAUUGCUCAUAAAUAGAGGUAAAACUGGGCACUAAAAUAAUUAUGGGCCACGAAAAUGAAAAAAUAAGAUUGUUAAUAGAUAGAAGAGUCGAGGGAACUAAAAUCAAAUAUAGAUGUAUAAGUAAAAUUAAGAGAAAGAGAAUAUUAUGUAACAGAAGUCACAGUUCUGUUACGAAUGGAACGAGAAAGGAUUUUCACUUAAGUAUGUCCCUCCCGCUUCUGUAUGCAUGUAUAAAAAAACCACACCAGGACAACCACUAUCUCUUAUUCUGAUCCAUUUCUGAUAAUAUCUCAACGCAUUAGGUUGCACCAGGAAGUCGCUAUGAACCUGUAGGUGCUAUUCCUGUACAUCUUUUCACAUUACUGCUUUGAGUCAUAACCCGACCAUCUCUCUGCUUUUCCCAUCGAAUGUCGGCAAACAAUAUUCAAUGUCGACAUUAAUAAUAUAUUUCCAAGUCACAAGGCGGUGUUUCAACAUGGUGACACCAGUUGGGUUGUCGUCACUGUAGCUAAACGUACAUCCGAACCUUACAGAUUACUGGUGUUGUCACUGGAUGUCAUAAAUCCCUCGGAGACAACGAUGAUAGCGUUGCUGAAAAUCCUCGACUCAGAGAGGCCAGACUUCACAAAAAUGUAGCAGAACUGCUCUGAUCAGCAUUUUGCAGCCAGACUAAGAUCACGACGGCCAUAAAGAUGACUCAGAUCAACAAAGGGCUAGACCCACCUGUCGCGCCAUUACAAUCUCUCAUAAAAGUAAGCAGGUAGAUUGAUUUCCCGACCACUCUAAACAGCUCACUACUGAGAGUCAGUAUAAACAUGCUUCUACCAGUCUUAAAGAAGUAAUUUAGAAGGCGCAAAAUACAUUCCACAAUUAUGGACAUCAAUUAAUUAGAUUGGAUCUGGAUGGACUGUGUACAUACCGUUCAGUUUGCUAAUAAAAUCCUUACACACACCUGUACUGUGAAGCGAAAGCGAUUAUAAUAUCAAGGAACAACGGUCUCUGGUCUGCAAUCAUCGUGUAGGUGCUCUAAUAUUGGGCAAAAUAUAAUGCGAUAAACGUAUCCACAAGCUUAUUGAAAACAACCCUGCUUCCCACAGAUUUUAGAAAAUUGUUCAAUGUGAGAGAAUGCAAUAGAUUUACCCCCUGAUACUUGUAUGAUUUAUGUAGGUCCUUUAUGAAUAUAUGGGUAAAGGUCCCUUCACUUUGGGAUGUUGGAAAAAUCUCUGUUCUACAAGCAUUUGUAAUCACCUUUGUCGGCUCUCUGAUCAAACGUUUGCCUCAUUCGUGUAUCAAAAGAUAACUAGACUGUAGAAACGAGUCAUUUUGUAUAAUAAUGGGAGACAACUAUGCGUAAAAAUGACUGAGACGCAAUGUCUGUAUGACCAAUGAAUAUGGUUUUUUUCUAGGUCGGUAAACAACCUGCCAAACUAAGCGCUGAUUGUCGGGAUUGCUUAUUACUGGUUAUCUUAAUCCAAUUAAUUCAAACCUUAAUAACGAACCUAGUCGUCCAGGAUGGAGUGACUUAACAAGCGACUGAUGCUGUAUUGGAAAAUCAACACUCGCCUAGCUGACCCGUCAUACAAAUGUUCCUAUGAAUAUAAAUAUGAUACUAUCCGGAGUUACGUCAUUAAAAAAAUAACAUUUAAUGUUCACCGCUAUUAAAAAGUUUCUAUAUAUACUGGAUGUGAGAAAUAAAGUUUGAUGGGAGAUUUUUUAGUUAUGUGUUGAGUCUUGGAGUGUAGUUCCACAGUCCGAGAUCUUCAUGUGGCCUAAAUCACAAGGUUUUUUCUCAAAGGUUCUCAGUAUGUCAAUAAGAAAGCGGCACGACUUAAGUCAGUAGCUGACUGCGCUAAAAGGGGUAUGCACUUUACUUAUAGCAUCAGCCACAACCAUUAUUAUUUACAGCUUAAUUACGCAGUCGGUGAAAGUGUCCUACCAAUCCGUUUGCUUUUGGGUAGUUGGCGGUCGUUCGGAAUCUUGUGGCUCCUGAUAAUGUGGUUAGGCGACGGAAAAGUCCAGAUUCAAACUAGCGUCCACGGUGAUAUUUUAAGGGUAAUCGAAGUUUGCUACCCACCGUUCGACAAAGGUGUGGGCCACUGCUUCAACAGUAAUGUCCUUGGUGGGUACUGCUUCUGGCCAUCGAGUGAAAUGGUCUACAAGUUAAGAGAUAAGAUAAUCCAUUUGAAUCUGGUAAGUGUCCUAACGAAUUCAGAUGAACGUGAUCGAGACGAGCAUCAGUACUUUUGAAUGAGUCGAAGGGACAUUUGUUGUGUCUGAUCACCUUAGAUUUCUGGCAGCUUACACAGAAGCGUGUGUGUAGAAACUUCGAGAUGCUUAUUAUUAAAUUGCCGGGCUUGUCCGUGAUAUCUGUAGAAAAUCGUUGAGAAGUAUUGCGAUAAAACGAGACAUUUCGGAUAAUUCCACCGGAAUUGCAGAAAAUCCUGGGGAGAUGUAGAGGAAAUAUCCAAAUUUUUGGUGAAAUAUUGUAGGAAAACAAAGUUUUGGGGAAAAUGCGAGAUUGUGGGGUUUGAUCAAUAAAUAUAGACGGAUUUUCCCAAAAUGUAACAAGACUCUGGUGGAAACUUCGGUAAAUAUUGGAGAAUUUCUCAAUAUCUGUGGAAAUGGCACCAAAACCCCAAAAAUUUGUAACGUUGGUGCAACUAAUUGAAGACGUUGCAUCGAUUGGACGAUCCUCAAUUGUAGAUGUAUCGCAUAGUAAAGUUUCCUCACUUGUUUCUAUCUGUUUAAUACACAGUUCUAAAGUUGUCGAAGAUAACUUGUGCUGAAGAUCAGUGUCUUCUUUUCGAAGCUAUGCGAGCUUAAGAAGGUCGAUACCUUGGAAACUGUUCACGGAACUAAAACGAAACAAAAACACUUGUAACUGCAUUGUUUGCCCCCACAUGUGUAUUGUGUAUCCAAAGUAAACUGCGAAGUAUAUAUAGAGACCGAACGGCAUGAUGAUAGCGGUUUUAGGAAUGUCAGCAGCAGUCAUGGAAAUCUGAUCACAUGUUUUAUCCAAGUCGAUU